UGCAGUAGCAGUAGCAAUGCAACCCAACAACAGAAACAGACAUAACAAUGUGGCACUUGUCGAUGACGACGACAUGUUUGAGAAGAAAGAAUGAGUAAUUAAUUAGCUAAGAUGAAAGGAACAAAUAUAUAUAUAGCCAAAGAAUUUCAAGAAAAUCCUUUAAAGUUGUACGAAUAAUUAAUAUGAGUUGAUAUAAAUAGGCAAAGAAUUUCAGGCGAUACUUCCCAAUCCCUUUAUACUUCAAAUAUCAAAUUCUAUCCAAAUUAGGAUUCCUAUAUAUGUUGUCACGUCCACUUUUAAUAAAUUUAUAAUUUAAAUUAGGAUUUCUACUAAUAGUAAAUUUGUAGUUGCAAUCAAACUAUCAACACAAACGCCAAAAACAUCAUACACUUAGGGCACAAUACAGAGAUCCUUCUGCUAUGGCAACUGAUUCCAUAAUGUCUCUUCUUCUUCCUGAUGAACUCAUAACAGAGAUUCUCUUAAAGCUUCCUGUCAAAUCUCUGUCGAAAUUCAUGUGCGUUUCUAAAUCAUGGCUUCAACUAAUCUCUAGCCCUGAUUUCGUGAAAAACCAUAUCAAGUUAACUGCUAAUGACAAACGAUACAUCCAUCACAGGCUUAUAUUUCGAAAAACCAAUGAUGAUUUCAAGUUUUGUCCUCUCCUUCCCUUAUUUACCAAACAACAACUCAUUGAGGAGCUAUUCCACAUCAAAAGAUCCACUUUAUCAACUCACAUUGUCGGCUCCGUCAAUGGGUUGAUUUGUGUUGUCCAUGGCAAAAAAGAGGCAUAUAUAUGGAACCCCACUAUUACCAAAUCAAAGGAAUUACCCAAGUUCACAUGUAAUAUGUGCUCUGGUUCUAUCAGAUAUGGUUUCGGAUAUGAUGAGUCACGUGAUGAUUAUAAAGUCGUAUUUAUCAAUUAUCCUUAUAAUCAUUCUAGUAGUUCCGAUAUGACGACUGUGGUCAACAUAUGUAGUUUAAGGACUAAUUCUUGGACAACACUCCAUGAUCAGCUUCAGGGCAUCUUUCUAUUAAGUCAAUAUGGUAGAUUUGUCAAUGGGAAGCUUUAUUGGACUUCAUCAACUCGUAAUAAUCACUACAAGGUGUGCAACAUCACUUCUUUUGAUUUAGCAGACGGGACGUGGGGAAGCUUGGAGCUUCCCAGUUGUGGAAAAGACAAUUUUGAUAUCAAUUUGGGAGUUGUCGGAAGUGAUCUUUCUCUGCUUUAUACUUGUCGACGAGGUGCUGCUACCUCUGAUGUAUGGAUUAUGAAGCAUUCUCGAGUUAAUGUAUCUUGGACAAAAUUGUUCACCAUCAAAUAUCAUCAAAAUAUUAAGACACAUAGGUGUUUUGCACCUGUUUUCACAUUCUCUAUACAUUUUCGCCACGGUGAAAUUUUGCUUCUUCUUCACUCAGCAAUCAUAAUAUAUGAUGGUUCAACAAGACAACUAAAGCACACUUCUGAUGUUACGCAAUGUGAAGAACUCUAUGUAGAAAGCCUCGUUAAUCCCCUAACGAUAUCUGACCAGGGACGUCGUAACCAGGAAUCUCCACAAUCAUCCUGAUAAUUUGAAGUGGAAGCUAAUGUUGAACACUAAUCAAUAGUUGCUGCUGAGUUCAUGGAUCGAAAUGAUGAAGCCUUGUGAUUAUCUGUUUUCUUUCGUAUUAGACUUGUAGUUCUAUCUCGUUAUCAGAAUUACAAUCAUUUGCUAUAAACUAGA